AUGUCCUCCCAGACAGGCACAUGCGCAUCCACGCAGUCACAGCCUUACGGGCGGACGAAGAAGAAUUCGAUCGGCAGCUGGUUCUCGAAAAAGUUCGGACGCAGGCCGAGCGAAGCAGCCAACGGGCCCAAUGAAUAUGCGUACAACGGUGCGACUGGAACAAACGGUACUGUUCCAGCAAGAACGGGUGCAUCGAGAGUGGACGGCCGAAGCAAGAUAGUUACGCUGCCCAAUACCAGCGACGGAGCUCAACGUGCAUCUGUAACAGGACAACAACCACAAUUUGCUUCUGCUUUUGCAUCAGAUCAAGCGCAUGGCCUGGCAAACACGCUCACAGUGCCUGUACAUGACGGUUCUGCUCAUGGUAGGCUGACGCCUCCACCACAGCUCGACGGCAUCCCCACGCAAGAGCCACUUGGUGCUAUCGAUCUGCCUGGAUCAACUCGUCACCACAACAGCUCGAUCCCCACUGAGCAAAAUUCCACGCCACUCUCACUCUCUCGCAGCACUAUCACAAACGAGAGGACACGUGAGUCUGUACCUGCAGGUAACACCGAACCGGGUUUGCACGCAAGCACAGACUUCAACGUGAGUGCUGCCCAAGUCCCCGCCGCCGCUCCACCCAUUCCGUCUGCAAACAUCGCGAAUGAACCAGCGACCACAGAUGGCAUCGAACAAGACACGGACAAUGACAGCAGCCUCGCGGAUCGCGACUCGAUUGGCAACCGCACCAUGGACACCGGCAAGAGUCGCGCCAGCACCAAACCCACCACUUUGAUGAGCCUCGACACUCGUGAGCCUACGGUCCUUCCGACCACCCAUAUUGCUCAGCCGCGGCAGAGCAGUGGCGACGACUCUUUCAGAGCUUCCCAACGUCUCAGCACUGGUCCUCGUGAGGGCUUUUCCAUUCACUUCGCCUCUGACGGCGUUUCGCGGGCCGGCAGUGGACAGAUGGGCAACAACAACAACAGCAGCAGCCUCACAGCCGAAGGCGCCAGCACUUUUAUCAACGUUCCCACCCACUCACGGCCUCAUCCCAACAACAACCCACAUCCAUCAGCGAUCCCUGCUGAUAACGCUAGCAUCUUGACGCUCGCGUCUUCCACGGCCGGCAUGAGUAUGGGUGGUGCUAGCCGCAGUCACCACCACGCGCCCAGCUUGGGCGGGGCCAGGAGUAUUGGCGGCAGUCUCAUGGGCGACCGACGCAACAGCAGUGACACCUCUGCUUCGCUCAAGGCGUUGCCUCCUCUGAGCAGACGUGGAAGUGACUCUUCGUCCCGCACGCGUGACUCCAUCCCUGGAAGCUCGACAGGCCAGACUUCGCACCAAGCUAUUUAUGCUCCAGGUGUGUCUGCUGGACCUGGGGCACCCUCGGACCGUGUCAGUCUGCACCGUACGCCAUCGCAAAAGACUGUCGCGACGCAGCUUUCGAUUCCGCUCUCUGCAUCUGCAUCCAACCCGGCAUUACAGGCCUACGCCAGAAGCGAGCACACUGCUAAUGGCAGCCAGCUGCAUCUCCCUGGCUCGCAGACAGCACAUGUCGCUGCUGAGGCCACUGAUCGCACUGAGCCCGCCGAGCCCACUGAGCCCGAUGCUGGCAUGGGCGUCACGGCAUCCAAAACAGGGCAUGCAUCGGAAGAGCUGCUCAAGGCUCAGGCUAGCAACCUUGCGGCCACAGAGCACGAUGAGACGCUGCGUGCAGCUGUACAGCCCUUGCAGGGCGUUUCAAAUGUCUCAGAGGACCUUGGGGCUGGGACGAACGAGGAACCUUUCGAUAUGCCGGGGGGUCCGCCUGUGGCGUGA